AUGGCCGAAAAUCUGGGCGCGCAAUCCACCCUGUGUAAUUAUGACCGCUUCCGGUCCUACGACGAUUCUCCUUGGCCGGACGAGCUCCGCUACUGGGGUGAAGUCCGCGAGCGCUGGUGCUACAUUGGGGAGAUCACAGAGGUCGGUACUGUACCGAUAGUGAACCGCAUGACUCCCGGCAUGCGCGAUAUGGAGAAAGCCAUCUGCACCGUCGUGUUCCAUACCACCAACUUGGCCGACUCCUUUCGCAAGAGCUGCGUGAAGGGCAACACGUUGGUCAUCUUGUACGCGAAGCAAAAUCGGUUCCUGGACGGGAAGCCUGGGUUUCGGAUUGAGCAGAAGGAUCUCCCGUACGUCAAGGUGAGGCUGGAACUGGAGGACGGUGUUCCGGAGAGUGUUCCUGCUGACUGGACCCCGGCUCGCACGGCCGGAAGGCCUUCGACAUCCCAUUCGCAUCCAUGCUCGAGGUUAACGACAGACUAG